AUGACUGCUUCUUCCAACCAAAUACAACCAAACGUUGCACUUCAUGGACAAAGAUACAUCAAUUUGAUUUGGACAACUUGCACUUCUAUUGAGUUACGUUCAUCAUUCUUCAUGGACAAAGAUACAUCAACUUCUUUGGAUAUUCCUCAGGAAUAUGAAUGUGUGCCAAAUUGUGAUGAUGAAUUAAAGCCUAAGAUUGGACAAGUAUUUGAUACAUUACAAGAAGGUAAAAUUUUUUACGAAAAAUAUGCACUCUCUAUCGGAUUUAGUGUGCGUUCAUCAUCAUCGACUGUAGAUAAAAACGGCGUGAAGCGUUGGAAGUAUUUUGUUUGCUCGAAAGAGGGUUAUUUGCCAAAUAAGACGGAUGAUAAGGAGCAAAGUGAAUCUACUGUCAAGGCUAAAAGAAGAAGGGCUUUAACAAGAGAAGGAUGCAAUGCAAAUGUUGUUUUUAAAUGGGUGGGGGAAGGUAAGUAUGAGAUAGCUCGAUUUCAUGAAAGCCACACACAUCCACUUGCUUCACCUAUGAAGAGACCGUUUCUAAGGUCUGCAAGGAAAGUGAAUUCAAGUCACAAAAGCUUAUUACUUGCAUGUAGUAGAGCAAAUAUUGGACCUUCAAAAGCUUUCCACUUAUUAAAAGAACAGCGUGGGGGUUAUGAAAAUGUUGGAUGCACGCAGAGAGAUCUUCAAAACUAUUCCAGAGAUUUAAAGACUUUGAAUAAAGAUUCUGAUGCACAUGUUUUGAUAGACUACUUUAGAAGGAAGCAAGAAGUUAAUCCAUCAUUUUAUUAUGCGUAUGAGGUAGGUGAAGAAGGUCGACUGAAGCAUGUUUUUUGGGCAGAUGGUAUUUGCAGGAAAAAUUAUUCCUUAUUUGGAGAUGUGGUUUCAUUUGAUACUACAUAUCAAACAAAUAAAUAUCAUUUGAUUUUUGCACCUUUCACCAGGAUAAACCAUCAUCGACAAUCUAUUACCUUCGGAGUAGGACUUAUAACAAAUGAGAAAAGUGAUUCAUUUGUAUGGUUGUUUGAAAAGUUUUUGGAAGCAAUGGGUGGACAUAAGCCAACACUUAUAAUAACCGAUCAAGAUCCUUCCAUGAAAGUGGCUAUAGAAAAUAUUUUUGAUACUUCUAAUCAUAGAUUGUGCAUGUGGCAUAUCAUGAAAAAAGUUUCUGAAAAAGUAGGUGUUUCCACGAAUGACGAUGAUGAGUUUAACAAAAGCUUCAAGUCAUGUGUUUGGGGUUCAGAGACACCAAAUGAGUUUGAAGAGACUUGGGCGUUUUUGAUGACAAGGUUUGAGUUAGAAAAGAAUAAAUGGUUGUUGCAUAUGUUUGAUAUUCGAAGCAUGUGGAUCCCAGCAUACUUCAAAGAUUUUAUGGCACUAAAGGCCUCAACAUAA